AUGCCUCGAUUUACUGUGAAUGAGCUCUCGCAGUACCCUCCAUGUCCCCUUCGAAUCAUAUUUGCACCUCCCAAUGACCCCGAUGCCGGAACAGUGCCAGAUAUACUCGCGUUAUACAGGCUCUACUCGCUUCCUGGAGCGUUCGUAUCGGAGAGUUUACGCGACGUAGCCAUUUCAUUUGGUACCACCAAUGUGGAUGAAGGACCAAGGUAUACCUGGUUUCACUUUCUGUACAAAAGUUUACCAAUUACGGACAUGAACGGCGUCAAGAGAAUCAAAAAUCAAAUACAAGCAAGGCGAAAGGGAGAUCAACCAGAAGACUUUGGAUGGGUUCAUUCUGCCUACUGCCUGAUAGAGAAUGGGUCCUCAGAGGUAACUCUCAUUAUAUUCAAUAGUGAACCAUUAUUAUACGAAAGAUUCAGGACUAUAUCCGAACACACUCCUUAUGAAGAAACUAUGAAGGACCCUUACUGUCUGUUGAAUGUUGUAUUCGAGAUCUUGUAUGAGCGCAUCGAUAUGCUCACAUGGACCAUUGCAAAUGUCUUCACCCAGGAAGAAAUGAAAAUCCUGCAUAUGGCACGGGAUCCAGAGCUCAAUGGCGGCGAUGUGGACUUACCUGAAAUACACAUGAUCCAGAGACAUCAGAUCUACCUACGAGAGGCUAUCGAAUCUAUUACGGUGACCCUGGACGCAACGAUCGAUCACCAGCAACGACUCAAUGAGGGUUCUACGUCGAUUUCACCCUCCCAUAAUGCGACACAGGCAGGGCUCCGUUAUCGCAAAGUUCUCAUCAAGUCCACGGACCUACGACUGCGUAGUAUGGGAAAGAGAACGCAGAAUACAAUCAACAUGGCCUUUAACCUGGUUACCCAAGCCGACUCAAGAGUCAUAAAAGAGGACAGUGGGUCGAUGAAAAAGACCGCGAUUCUCACUAUGAUCUUUCUCUCUUGUACGGCUGUAGCAUACACCAUUAAAAACGGUGAACGCCCUCGGAAGACCAAUGAAAAGGGAUUCAUGGGCUCCGAUGCACAAGUUGAGGCUUUCUCCGAAGCCAGCUUCAAAUUCAUAGACGACAAGUACAAAUGA